CAUCGGAUAGAUCAAAGGUACAACACAAGGCACCAUUUGACUGUUGCUUCUAUUAUUCUUGCUUAGCAACACGUCAAAAGCUGAUACUAUCUAUCUACUGUGCCUUGUAUUGCAUACACGAGCAGGUCACAUCGACAACUGAUUGAGCCCCACCCAGACUCUUUCAUACAUCAUUACCCGCUCCCAUGGCUUCUAGAAAGAAGAUCCUCUUGAAGGUUAUCAUACUCGGUGAUAGCGGUGUAGGCAAGACGAGUUUGAUGAACCAAUAUGUCAACAAAAAGUUCAGUGCAAGCUACAAAGCAACUAUUGGCGCCGAUUUCUUGACAAAAGAGGUGCUGGUGGACGACCGUUUGGUGACGAUGCAGUUAUGGGAUACUGCCGGCCAGGAGCGCUUCCAAUCAUUGGGGGUUGCUUUCUAUCGGGGAGCUGAUUGCUGUGUUCUGGUCUACGACGUAAAUAACUCGAAGAGUUUCGACACCCUUGAUAGUUGGCGCGAUGAGUUCCUGAUCCAGGCCUCUCCGCGGGACCCGGAAAAUUUCCCAUUCGUCGUCCUCGGAAACAAGAUAGAUGUGGAAGAGAACAAGCGCAUGAUCUCAUCAAAGCGCGCAAUGACCUUCUGCCAGUCGAAGGGUGGCAUACCAUAUUUCGAAACUAGCGCUAAGGAGGCGAUAAACGUUGAACAGGCUUUUGAAGUUAUCGCCCGCAAUGCCCUGGCACAAGAGGAGUCGGAGGAGUUCAGCGGUGAUUUUGGAGACCCGAUCAACAUCCACAUGGAGAAUGAUAGAGACGGAUGUGCUUGUUAGGCGCUAUAGAUAUUGGGCAGGCAAUUGCAGAAUCGACUACCAUUUCCAGUUGUCUGGUAGAGUACGUGUGGGUUCAAACACAGCUGGUAUAUUGGGCGCCAGCGCCGUUUGCAGCUGGAAUCAAUUUUGUGAGGAGCGCAGCCAUGUAUAUAGAAUCACUGGCUGAACGGCGCAGAUGGCGUUUCAUUUCUUCACGUCAUUUCCAGGGCCUUUCACAAGCAAUGAUCAAAUCGUCCUGCCCGCCUUCGUAGGCAGAAUACUCCAGUAUCUUAUAUUUCCGUG